UAGUUGAAUAGUUGAAUUCUUCCUGACAGAAUCAACCCUUUUUUUAUAUAUUAUUUUUUUAAAACAUUUCUCUUUGGCAGUGAAGUAAUUGGAGCAAAAAUGCGAUGGCCCACUUUGAUGGCUGGCAGUAGGCUCCAGAGCUAACACAGCACUUAGUAAAUGAGACCUCUCCCUGCUGCUGGUUCAGGUGCUGCCAGGCACACCCAGUGCCCUCCGUUUGCAUUCAGCCAGCACCUUGGUUACCGCAGGGAAUUGCAAAGCAGAUUUCUAAAUUCUAGUGACAGCAGCGUCUGGUGGAAAUUAAUGCUGAUGGGUAUCAACUCGCUGCAGCAAGCUGAUCCAUUUCGUCUAGCCUCUGCCUGGUGUUUACAGGAAAAGCAAGGUGGCAGGGCUGAGAUCUCCGAGGCACUACAGUGGAGUUAUUAGCAUUUUACCGGGAUGGGAAAUGCACAGGAAUAUCCUGCCCAUUUGAGAGAGCAGGAUUUGGAUGAGCUGGAGGAAUUACUGUCUUAAUGUUACAAGGUUUUUGGCUACCCAGGAGAUGGACAGAAGUAAGAAGAGGGGCACGUCUGAUCCACCAGCCCUUUGGUAGUGGCUGUGCUGUGGUUUUGUCCUGUAUUGGUGCAGAACCUGGGCCAUGCUAAUGUGGAAAAUACUGUAGGUAGCACAUGGGAAUUCAGCCAGGGGUUAGCAUCGCUGCUCUUCCAACAGUGUCACGGGGCUCCUGGGAACUGGGGCUGCAAAUCAUCUGCUGUUGUACAUGGCCAACGCUCGCUUUCAAAGGAAGGGAUCCAGCUGCUGAAUCACUGAACAUCCCUGCAAUGCAAGGUAUUCCUUUCAAGGGCUCUACAUGAAAAAAAAAGAAAGAAAAAAAAAAAAAAAACAGAGCUAAUGACAUUUCAGCUCUGAUCAAGCAGACCUGUGUUUGAUCUGGACCAUCACUGCCAAGAACAGGGCGAUGGAGGGGACAGAAAUCUCCCCACACUGUUCUUUGGAGAGAGGGACUAAAGGUCGACAGCAUGAUACCAUCACAGAGCAGGAGGUGGGCUGGAUGUGGAUGUUGUCAGAGACCAGAGAGGAUAAAGGCAGGAAAACCAGUUUGCACAAGCACAUCUUCAAGGGCGGCUUUGCCAGGACACAGGAACACAUUCACGUUCAGGUGGAACAAUUGGGACAUUUAAACCACUCCCCCAUGUUCUUCUGGUGGACAAUGGGAUUUUGUCAAGGUCUACAGAGAAUGAAACGAGCUUUCCCAUCGCCAUCCAUCAUCCAGCAGGCAAAAGAUGGAGAAGUCCUGCCAGGCCGUUCUGCCUCCCUGCACGUUUGUCAACAUUUUGCAUUGCCGCACAGCUACUGCGGGGGGAAGGGGGUCUUUCUGUUUCCAGCUGGAAACAAAUCACUCAGAGGAAAGUUUCGCUGGUAUUCAUCACUUCACCUCCACAUUAUUAAUGAAGCCAUUAGGGUACUUCUGCGUGAUGUUUCAGCGAGUGCUGGGGAGCCGCAGAUGCCCCUUCCUCGCAGCCCCCGGGGCCACCAAGCAUCCCACGGGGUGCAGAGGCGCCGAGCAGUGUUUCGAGCCCACGCAGCGGCUCGCAGGGGCUCACCCAUUGUGCAAGGCAGCCAAGUCAGCGUUUGCUGGCCAGCCACCGUGCCGAGCCGGCCGACGGCCGGGGAGAUGUGUCCGCCUCUCGCCGCAGGAAUGAAGCUGCCACCCCAGUCCCUGCUGAAGCUGGUGCUCAGGACGAGAAGUGGCCACACUGCGCCCUUCCCAGAAUAAAGCUCUUCCGGGGAAGCAAGGUGCCCGUAUGUCACGGCGAUGGGCGAGUUAUAAAUGGCUUUGGCAGAACAACCGCGCGAUGGCUUUGAAUCAGAAAGCAGCCGAGCCCGGUUCCUCCUCGAUAGCGAGGCAGAGCUGCAGAAGGGGAGGCCUGCUUCUAUCCCAAAUAAAAUGUCACAGAAGGAAAAAUGGGGAGCAAGCGCCUUCGCGCUUCGAUUACAUGCCGACAUCUCGCUCUGCCGUGCCCCCGCGCCCCGGUGGCACACACACACACGCAGUGCAGCUCAUCGGGGGCUGAGGGGUGUCUCACUCAGGGCUGUGUCUGCAUGCAGCGUUUUCCUGCAUACCUCUCCGACCAUCUGCCUCUCCAGUGAGAGCCCUCGGAGGCAGCACGGGUGGGAAAGAGCGAGGGACAGGAGGUUGGGGGGAGGGACGGGAAGAGAGGAGUGGGGGCUCGAGCUAACACUCUUCUGCACGAGCAAACGCAUCCGCUCUUUUUAAGAGAUAUUCUCUGCCUUGACAGCUGCGGCUGAAACCCUUGCCGGGAUGGGCAACAUCCAGCCCUCCCCAGCUGGGUGCUCUCUGUUCCAGUCUCCCACCCACCCGGGAGCACAUUGUCCUGAGCCAGCCACCGCAACCUGCGACAUGCGAGCCCCGGCACCCAAAAUCCGCCCCCCCCCCCCCCCCCAGUACCCUCCCCCCCAUGACGCAGCAGGGUUCAUUUACACUGUGUAGGCAAGGAAUAAAAAAAAAUAAAAAUAAUAAUAAUAAUAAUAAUAAAAAAAAACAAAGCCACAAGCACCAAAAGGCCACCCUGAGCGCAAGUCGU